GUCUUACGGUUUCUCUCUUCUCCUAACCACAAACGCAGACGAAAAGACUUGGCCAUUAAAACUAACACUCACUCACCAUGGAGUACAAAGAAGAAAUCCUUAGCAAAUACCCCUGCUUCCGCAAAACUGUUGGGAUCCCAAUGGAAGAUAUUGUGGAAUCCCACGACGGGCGGGAGGUUACUCUCCUCAAGUACAUCUACAACCAUCCGAAGCUGGACAGCGAGCUCCGAGGCUCACCGCAGGCGAUACUCGACGCAAUGGACGAGUUUGCCGCGCAGGAAGACUUUCUCAUCAACAUCGGCUCUCAUAAAGCUGCCGUUCUCACAGAGCUGCUGAAAGAACAUCAGCCUAAGGUGAUUGUGGAAUUAGGGGGCUACGUGGGAUACUCGGCUAUCCUGUUCGGCAAGAUUCUCCGCGAAACAUACCCCCCUCCCUCGUCGACCACCCACGUAUACAGUCUCGAACUCGACCCGCUUGUCGCCUCCAUAGCCAUGAACCUAGUUAGCCUCGCCGGCCUGAGUUCCGUGGUGGAGGUCAUCGUCGGUCCAUCAGCACACACCCUGCAACGACUCCAUGAUGAACAAAUUCUCGCCCCAAACGACCUGGACAUGCUCUUCCUGGACCACGUCGAGGAGCUGUACCGGGAUGACCUUGCACUCUGCGAGAGACUCGGGUACCUGGAUAAGAGCGGGGUGCUUGUUGUCGCGGAUAAUGUCGUCAGACCAGGAGCCCCGGAGUACAGGGAGUAUGUGCGUGGGAACCCUCGUUUCCGGAAGAGCUGGGGUGUGCCUGGGUUGAUUGUCCCGGGUGAUUAUGAGGAUGAACUGGAGAUAAGUCUGGUCUAGCUGUCUGGAAUGUUUUAUAUACGGAGUAGAUCCAUGGAUAUCUAUAUAUACGCUUAGUAGUUCUUACUACAAGCAGGUGAACAAUAGAUAUCCUCUAGUGCUGUACACAACAUGAAUGGAAUAAACAAUGCUAAUUCUCUAUACCUCAAUUGAU